GCAAGGAGGUAAAGUGUACGAGGAUGCUGCUGGAAUUCGGGUAUUUUACCCCCUUUAUAACACGUCCAUGUUUCUGCUGUGCUCCGGAGACAUGACUUCAUCAUCAUAAGUGGAAAAAAAAAGGAUACCGUAAGAAUGCAUCAUUGAAAAGCCAAAGCCAAAGUUUUAAAGCUGCUGGAAAGAUGAAAUUUCAGUGGUUAGAUUUAGAUGCCCCUACAUCUUUUCUGUAAGACUUUACAAGGUGAAGAUGUCACUCCCUUUUGAGUUGACUGUAACCAGAACCCAAACUGAUCUUCAGACAGAUUUAACACAUGGACGACCAUGAGGUCAAACACUGAAUGUCUCACCUGAUUAUGCUGAGCUGAACUGAGUAAUAAUUUAAGAGCCAGUUCACAGCAGAUGUGUAAUGGUGCCUGCUGAAGAAAACCUCACAGCUGUAUUGAACCUAGACAGCUGUCUGAACUGCACCCAGCCAUCAGUGUAUGAUGUAAAUCUCCCAAAGGUGGUGACCAUGGUGGUGGUCUUUAUGUUUUUCCUUCUGUUUGGAGUAAUGGGUAAUGUGCUGGUCAUCAUGUCUGUGGUGUGCCACCAACAUCUCCGAUCAGUCACACAUUGCUUCAUUGCCAACUUAGCUGUUGCUGAUCUGCUUCUCAGCAGCGUGGUUGUGCCUUUGUCGGCCUCGUCCGAGGCGCUGGGACGCUGGGUUUUGGGCCGGGCUUUGUGUGGUGUGUGGGCAUCGCUCGAUGUCCUGUGCUCCACCGCAUCCAUCUUCAACCUCUGCGUUAUCUCUGUGGACCGCUGGCUGGCUGUCACCUACCCGCUGCGAUACCUGUCUCUCGCCACAUCUAAGCGUGCUGUCGGUGCCAUGGUGGCUGUCUGGGUGGCGUCUGCUGGCAUUUCCGUUGGGCCACUAUUUGGCUGGAGAGAGCCGAUGCCUGAUGACGAAUCGGUAUGCAGCGUCAACGAAGAUCCGGGUUACGCCAUUUUCUCUGCCUCCUGCUCCUUCUACAUUCCCCUCGCUGUGAUAUUAAUCAUGUACUGUAAAGUCUACAUGGUGGCACGCAGGAAAGCAAGAAGAUUGACUGAAGGACACUGGCACAGUGACAUAAAGGGUGGGGUCGAGUUCAGGAUCCACCGUGGUAAUGCUCAGAGAUGCCAUGCUGAGAGAGGAAAGGAAGACGAAGAAAGCAGGAAAGGUCGCUCUUAUGGUGCCCUUGUGAAGCUGCUCUCUUUCUCAAAGGAGAUGAAAGCAGCGAAGACCCUGGGCAUAGUGGUGGGCUGUUUCAUCCUCUGCUGGCUGCCCUUCUUUCUUGUGUUGCCCCUAAGCUCCAUCUUCCCGUCUCACAGACCAUCAGACACUGUGUUUAAGAUCACCUUCUGGCUCGGAUACUUCAACAGCUGCCUAAACCCCAUCAUCUACCCCUGCUUUAGCCAGGAGUUCAAAAAAGCCUUUCAGAAUGUUCUUAAAGGCCUCUGCUUUCACAGAACCACCCACACCACCACCACCACCACCACUAAUAUCACCCCUCUUACCCAAAUCUCCCCCCAUCCUGCCCUGCCCUCUCGUUCUGUCACUCUUUCUACCUCUCGGUUUACUCACACGGGGGCAGAUCGGGUGAGUAAAAGCCUCCUGAAGGCCUGCUGUAGCACUGGAGGCAAAACCAGCAGUGCAGAGACUCGGCAUGUCCUCGUGGACAUGAAAGGCGUGACGGGAGGACAGGCUGUGUGA